ACUGCGCCAUUUGUGAAUGCGCCCACGGCUCGUUCCAUUUCAAACGUCAAGAGCGUGCUUGAAAAAAAACCGCAGCAGCGGGAGGAACCAAAUUGUUCCGGAAUCCCGGAGAAAACCCGAACUUGGGGCUGGUGUUGGUGUUGGAGCUGGCAAGCGGAUUUGGCAUAUUAUUGAGCUUCGCCGAAACCAUCCGAUUCUACAGAUUAUGACCGCUGUUUUGGGCCAUCGGCAAGAUCCUACAGAAUUUUCUGUCUGGAUUGCCAUCUUAUCAAAUAUUUCGAUGUUCCCGCGCCAGAUUCUUCCAGGCGGCCUCUGGCAUCUUCUAACCUUCCCGUCUUCAUCGGUGCAACAAAAAUCGGGAUGGCCACCAGAUUGAACCACUGCAGGUCCAGAAAUGUAUGGUUUUACUGCAGGCAGCGUAAAAAAGAGUGUUUAUUUGUAAAGUGAUGUGUUUUUAUCAAUAAAAAUUUAAUUUCAAUUCAA